GUGAAGAGAAGUUCAUUUUCUUGAAAAUUUCCGAUUAGAGCAUGGUUACUUCAAAAGCAGACCUGACAAUUUUUAACACCAUCUAGAGAGUGCACCAGAAGAUACAUGGCUAUGGCAGCACAACUCGUCCGUCUGCUUCAACGAUGGCGAGAAUGCCACACUGACAUGGAGAGUGGCUCUGAACUCGGGAGAAAGCUACCUUAACGUGAAAAUCUACCAAGUUAAGAGUAAUGGAGGAGCAUCGAGGAUAAUGUUCACCAAAACUGGACCAGACUCUGCGUUCAGUCACCGAACGAUGGGUUUAUCUGUGGUGACUGACUCGAGUGGAUCUCGGCCUGUUGUCAGUGUUGUAUUCAUUCUUGCGAAUCUUAGCAGCACCGACGAUGGGUUUGGAACCUAUAAAUUGCGAUGUUUUCUUGUUACCUCACCUGAUGGUACAUUUGAUGCUAGAGACACACUACUACAGGUACAAGAUUUCAAAGAAGACACUCUACAAGUGAGCCCACCAAGUCCUACCGUGACCGAGCAUGACCAAGUGAACCUGACGUGUUCAGCUGAUGGUACUCCUCCACCAACCUUCACAUGGAUCAGCCCUCAGGGGCGCACCGUAGCACACGGACCGUCCUACACCAUUCCCAUGGUGCACCGCGACAUGUCAGGGGUCUACACGUGUGUGGUUACUGACGGAUGUGGACGGAAUCACACCAGAAAUGCGACACUCGUAGUGAGAUAUAAGCCAGAAAACACUACAAUGGUAGCAAAUGCAUCUUCCGUAUGUAUUGGUGGCAUGGCCUUGUUAAAAUGCUCAGCGGCGGGUAAACCAAACAACAUAUCGUACACUCUGUAUCGCAAUGUUACGGAGUUUGCCUCACAAAUGCACGGACUGUUCGUCCUUCCUCUUACCACUCCUGGCGUGACCAUCUUCACGUGUGUUCCCAGUAACGAGGCGGGAGAUGGACACAACAAGAGCGUCACCGUCACAGUCAAAGAACCGCCAAAAAUAACAGGCUUCACCCCACCACAAACUGUUGUAGAAGGGAGCAAUUUUACAAGUUGGUGCAACGUGUCUGGUACAGCGCCCUUGAAAAUAGCGGUUUCCCAUCCAAACGGCUCGGUGCUGACCAACUCCGGUAGCUACACGUUCAGUCAUAUCACGAGAAGAGAUGAGGGGACCUACACAUGCACCGUGAACAACGGCAACGAGUGUUCAAAUGACACAAACACAACGAAUAUCACUGUUAACUAUAAACCAGAAAACACCAAAUUAAUACCAAAUGAGCAUAUCGGCUGUGUCAUGGAUGUUGUCUCGUUAAAUUGCUCAGCGUUGGCUAACCCAGACAACAUCAACUACACUCUGUAUCGCAAUGAUACGGCGCUUGCCUCAAAUAUGAACGGAAAAUUUAUCAUUAGUCUUAACGCUUCUGGCUUGAGUAUCUUCAAGUGUGUUCCCAGUAACGAGGUGGGAGAUGGAGAAAAUAAGACCGGCUUCUUCACUGUCAAAGAACCACCACGAAUAACAAGGUUUACCUCGACACAAACUGAAGUCGAAGGGUCCGAUGUAACAAUUCGAUGCAACGCAUCUGGUACAGAGCCCUUGGGAGUAGCGAUUUUCCACCCAAACAGCUCGGUGCUGACCAACACUGGGAGCUACACCUUCAGUCCUAUCACGAGAAGAGAUGGGGGAACCUACACAUGCACCGUGAACAACGGCAACGAGUGUCCGGUUGAUACAAAAGCGAUGAACAUCACCGUCAACUAUAAACCAGAGAAAACAAGCCUAACACGUCUGGAAAGCUCUUACUGUCUGGGGACCAGCGUUUAUUUUAACUGCACAGCGACGGGUAAACCAGAUGACAUCCACUACUCGCUUUUCGUUAACAAGACCCUUUUGAUAGAGAAGUCUAGAGGGGUAUUCAACUUGACGUUAAACACUUUAGGAAAGCAUGAAUACACUUGUGUGCCGAAUAACACAGCAGGAAUUGGUCAGAAUAGCACAAUUAGCAUUGAUGUGCAAGAAAAUAUAAAGUUCGUCAACAUUUCAGCUCCAAUGGUAAAAAGAGGAGUUCCCUUUACCUUGGAGUGUACAACUAAUGUGGUUAGACCUGUCAGCAUCACUUGGUACAAGAACAGCGAAUGGUUUAGCAGCAAUAGAAGUCUUAUAUUUAGCGGGUCGUUGAAUGAUACCGGUUCUUACAGCUGCCUCGCGGAAAGUGCGUGCAACAACACCAAGCAAAGCGAAAGAGUCAAUAUUACUGUAACAUAUGCAAGUCUUAACAAACCUAAUGCCAUCUGCCUUGCCAAUGAUGCACUGACGAAUGUUACUGUUGAGAUGAAGACAAACCUUCUCCAACCACCGGUUGUCACCUGCACAACAGGACGGGCAUCGCUGAUAUCGUUCAGUGCUGAUAACAAGAACGCUUCCUACGCCGUACCGCUUAAACGAGGCCAAAACAUCUCCUGCUCAGUUGACGGUUAUCCGCUUUCCAAUGUUACUUUCUAUUUGGAUAUCAAGAGUACAAAAUUGAUAAUGUCUUGGAGGGUAACGAACAAAAAUGUAAUACAAAAGGAGGGAAAAUGGGAUGUGAAUGACAACGACCGCCAACAAAUUGAAAACUUGUGUGAUGCAGCACAAGGCCCCUGUUUCAAUAGAAGCAGUUUGUCGUUCAGGAAUGGAAGUGUCAUCGUAGAUGCGUCGUUCACUCUCACUGGCGAUGUCUCUGACCCCGAGGAAUACUUUAAGAGCGAGUUACUCAAAAAUGCCCCAAACUAUGGCUUGGACAUCGAUCCCAACAGCGUGAAACCCCUAGCAGCAAUACCCUCAAACAACGUCCCCCUUCCUCUUACCACCCAAGCCGCGCCCAUCACCGCUGCUACGCCCACUACCGCUGCUACGACCAAGCCUGGAACGUGUCUGACGGUUGUCGAUGUAAAUGAUCUGAAUUCCACCAUUGUUGGUCUUGCUGUGUUGGUCGCCAUCUUGUUCUUGGUCAUCUUUGGUCUGAUUGGCUACAUCGUGGUGCUGAAAAGAGCAGGUCUAACAGCAAAGAGAGUAAGAUCUGAAGCAGAUAACGCAGGCUACUCUGGAUUCCAGAAUGUAGCGAUGCAAGAAAAUGUCAACCAAGACCGAAACACAAUCCCAGGGAUGGUAGAUUACGAGGUGGAUUAUAGGGGACACAACCCUGACCCCAUUCCACAAUACGAAUCAGUGAAUAAUGCACAAACACAACCACCCAACCGUAGAAACGUCACGCAAUACGAGGAUGUAACGCAAGGGAGCAAUGUCACGCAAUACGAGGAAUUAACGCAAGAGGGCAAUGUCACGCAGUAUGAAGCUAUGAAUAGACAUGCAUCACGUGAUCGGCAUGUGCCAGGCAAUCGCCAGUACGAUAGCGUCGAUAGCACGAGAAUGAGUAGACAGAAUCCACCCGCGAGGAGAGCAAGGAACGACACAGGUGAUCAAGGCGAGCCAGGUUAUGAGAACACAAGAAAACGAGGUUUACCACAUGAAGUGUACCAAUCUUUACAGGCGACGACACAAUACAGCGAGAAUGCGCAGUAUGCCCCACUGUAUCCUGGGACACGCAUUGCGGCCAGGCCUGGUGGUAGGGACGAGAGGGGAGUAGGCACAGACAUAAGAGGGAGUGAGUACCAGGAGUUGCACAGGACUAAAGCCACAGAUCCAUGUUAUCAACGGGUAGGCAGUAGAGUCACUAGCGCAUAAGAUACUCAUAUCACGGAUCCAUGUGAUCAAAGGCGUAGGCAGUAGAGUUAAUUGCGCGUGAAAUGCUCAUAUCGCGGACCAUGCUAUCAACGGGUAGGCAGUAGAGUCACUAGUGCGUAGGAUGCUCAUAUCGUGGAUCCGUGUGAUCAAAGGCUAGGCUCUAGAAAUACCACUAGCGAGUAAGAUAGUCCCGCAGAUCGUUGUAAUCACGUACAAAGAUAAUACAAGCGCAUUAGCUGAAAAUACACACGUACACGUACACUUGAGGUAAAUAUUAUCAAAAAUUUAGUCACUAGUCACUUAGAAAUCAUCAUCAGGCAAAUUUUGUAAUACCCCCAGUGACCUAGAUUACCGUGUUACCCUAUGUUAUUAUUCACAUGAACUAGAUAUAUCAACAAAGAUCCUCAUGCUAUCUCUCGCUAUUAUCACGCGGUAAAGUAUACCAGUAACGAUCAAGAUAAAUAUGUUUUGAAUGCCGUUUCAAUAGAAACCCCCGAAUAUUAUGGAUUUUCCUAUUGCUGCUAGUGGUUAGUUAUCUUUGGAAGCGCAACCAAGGUAUCCUAUCGUGUAGACCUGAAACAACACGUCUUUCACAGUGUGGGCUUACAGAGGCUCGCUUGGUUACUGGUUACUGCCAACAUUAACUAAUUUGCUAAUUAUAUUUGACGUUCGUUGUAUCCCGCACGGCAUGCAAUAAAAAAUUCCCAUA